CCUGGGAACCUGAGACGAAGCAGCGGCCUCGGCGUCUGUCAGUCUGUCGGCUGCUGGUCCCUGAGGACGGAAGUGGAGGUCUUGGGGAAGGGACCAGGGCCUUGGUUGAGCCCCCGGGACCGGCUCCUAAGCCCCAGACAAGUGCAUUCGCAACUGUGCUCUGUCCACUGUGCCUCCUGCAUGUCCUGCUGCCCUGAGCUGUCCUAAGCUAGGUGACAGCGUGUCAACGCUGCCACCAUGAAUGAGGUGUCUGUCAUCAAAGAAGGCUGGCUCCACAAGCGUGGUGAAUACAUCAAGACCUGGAGGCCCCGGUACUUCCUGUUGAAGAGUGACGGCUCCUUCAUUGGAUACAAGGAGCGGCCUGACGCCCCUGACCAGACCCUGCCCCCCCUGAACAACUUCUCUGUCGCAGAAUGCCAGCUGAUGAAGACUGAGAGACCACGGCCCAACACCUUUGUCAUACGCUGCCUGCAAUGGACCACGGUCAUCGAGAGGACCUUCCACGUAGACUCUCCAGAUGAGAGUGGAGCUCGGGUCCUUCGCCGUGGUGGGGACGGGAGGAAGCGGCUGGCCCACGCUGCCCUCAUGGAAUCGUGCUUGCUGCCGUCGGGGGGCCUGGGCGCGGCGCUCGACAGCAGCUUGCGGGCCGCCGUGGCGUUCAAGGCGGAGGGCCAGCGCUGCUACCGAGAAAAGAAGUUCCGGGAAGCCAUCGGCAAGUAUCAUCGGGCACUGCUGCAGCUGAAGGCGGCUCAGGGGUCCCGCCCUGGAGGCCUGCCCGCCCCCUCCCCCGGGCCCGCCAGCAGCCCGGGGCCAGCCCGCCUCAGCGAGGAGCAGCGGCGCCUGGUGGAGAACACGGAGGUGGAAUGUUAUGACUCUCUCACGGCCUGCCUGCUGCAGUCGGAGCUGGUGAACUAUGAGCGGGUGCGUGAGUACUGUCUCAAGGUCCUGGAGAAGCAGCAGGGCAACUUCAAGGCCACCUACCGCGCCGGCAUUGCCUUCUACCACCUGGGCGACUACGCACGCGCGCUGCGCUACCUGCAGGAGGCCCGCAGCCGGGAUCCCACAGACACCAAUGUCCUACGCUACAUCCAGCUGACUCAGCUGAAGAUGAACCGUUGCAGCCUCCAGCGGGAAGACAGUGGGACCGGGGCCGGGACUCGGGAUGUUGUUGGCUAAGGCCAGCAGAGGGGGGCUUGCCCUCCCCCCCACUCCCACCUCACCGUGUAACUCCCCCACGACUCGUGUGUUUGCUGGUAAAGCACUUGUCACUGGUGACCAUAA